AUUUAAUAAUCUUUAUUUUCUUUUCGUUAUUAAUUUCUGUUUGGUUGCUAAGAAAGUUUUCGUGAACUGAACAAAUUGUUAUCCACGUUCUAUUUCUUUUUAUAUGCAGUACUACGUGAUGUCAUUUAAUAAUCCUUAUUUUUUUUAACAUUUUCACAAUCUUUAUUUUCCUUUUAACAUUUUCAUUUUCAUUUUCGUUAUCUUUAUUUUAUUUUCAUUAAUAUUAAUUUCUGUUUGGCUGCUGAGAAAAUUUUUGUGAACUGAACAAAUUGUUAUCCAUGUUCUAUUUAUUUUUAUGCGCAGUACGAAGUGAUGCCAUUUGAUAAUCUUUAUUUUUUUUUGUUAUAAAUUAUGUUAAUUAAUGAUGAUUAUAUAUAAAUAACAAGCACCGCUCUUAAUUGUUUUUUUUUCUUCAAUUUUUUUAGGGCAAUGCAAAUUUUUAGUGUGUUUCUAGUUUUAGGAUGAGUGUUAGUCUUUACUUGAACUAAGAAUUUAUUUAUUUAUUGUUUUAGAUUUAGUUGAAAGAAUGAUUAAUUAGUAGUAGUAAUUAGCCUUUGUGCGCACAUGCGUGGCACGAAAAUCGAAGUUAUUGAAAUUGAUGGGAAUGUGGGUCCCGCCAUUUGAUGGCAGUGGAUUUUUCGUGUUCGUGCAUGGAUUUUUGUGCUGGAUAGCAAUGUUGUUUGCUUUCGAUUAAUGAUUAGUGGUAGUGAUUAGGUGAGAUUUUUGAUGUGCUUAUGGUGGGCGAUUUAAAGAUGGCUAGUAAUGUAGAGUUUUGAAUGGAUGUAAUGUUGAUAGUAAGGUAUUGUUUGUGUAUUGAUAGGUGAAUUUGGAAUCAAGGUUUGAAAAUAGCGAGGAAAGAUGUUGGAACCUGAAGAAGAGAGAGCGAUGAAGAUGGUACUUGAAGACGGGAUAAUGAAGACGAAGAAGAUUAUGGAAGGAAAUCAAGAAGUGAAUUUUACUAUUGAAGAAUACCAGAGGUUUCAUCAAUGUGUUUUUGACCUGCAUUCUGCUAGCUAUCGUAAUAACUCACAUUGGCUUCUUGAAAGAUUUGUUAAGAGCUUGGAAGAGAGCAUCAAUUCAGUGGUAUUGCCAUCUUUUGUGGACAAACGCGAUGCGCUUUUGUUGAGAGAACUCAUCUUGAUGUGGUCCAAUUACAAGAUGAUGACAAAGUGGCUCUGCAAAUUUUUUGAAUCCAUUGACCGCCACUUUGUCCCCAAUAUCUGUUAUUGUUCACUCGAUGACAUCUCAAAUAAUAACUUCCAUGACCUGGUUUUCAAGGAGUUUUAUGUCAAAUUCCAGGAUGUUGCAAUAUCAUUGAUCAAUCAAGAACGUAUGGGAUUGCACAUCGACUGCAGCUCGCUGAAAAAUGUUUUUCUUGUGUUUAUGGAAAUGCAUAAACAUACAGGAAUAGCGUAUUAUGAAGGUAUCGAGAGUGUUAUGCUAGAAGAAACCUCUAAUUACUACUGUCAAAUGGCUCAGCAGUGGCUAUCACAUGGUUCACCAGCGGAUUAUGUUCAAAAGGUUUACCGGUGCUUGGAACAAGAGGCAGAAAGAGCUGAUCGUUAUAUGCCCUCUGGAACACAACCCAAGCUAUUAAAGGUUGUCAAGCAGCAAUUGGUUUAUGAAAUAUUGGACAAAUUGGUUGAAAAGAAAAGACUUGAGAACUGCGGCCUUGUUACAGAUUUUUAUCAGGAAAUGUUGUCAAAAUGUGCCAACAUGACUCUUCAAGAGGGAAGCUCAUGGACAACAGAAGAGUGGUUAUCUGCUUUGUUGACGUCAUCUUUGAUCUGUCCUUUGUCUUAGUUUUCUCGAUGGUGGCGCUUGGUGAGAUGUAUAGUUUUUUUUUUUUUUUUUGUAUGAUAUUUUGUCAUCCUUUUUUCUCCUGUUAAGCUAUAUUCUGUUCUGUGGGUGGAAGUCGAAGAUCUUUGACAUCUUCUCCUCAUGGAUCUUCAGACCGGACUAGGUGUGAUUGGUGAUGGCACUAUCUAUAUCAGUGCAUGUUCCAAGUACGAAAAAGGAAAGCACUUGCUGUAUAAAAAUUCACAGUUGGGAUGUUUCAGAAGAAUAAUACGAUAAUGAUA